GCAGAUUGUGCUUGGGCUCAGCUUCCUUGCAGGCUUUAGCCUCAGAGACAAGAGAACAGUUCGACAGAGCAAGGCAGUCAGUAAAAGCUGCUGGAGGGAGCUGUCCAGGUGCUGUAAAAGUGGAUGUCAGGCUUGGAUUUAUGUUCUUGAAGGAAUAGAACAGAGCAAGCAGGACCCGAGUAAGUUUGAUCAGGGAGGAUGCAGCCUGUGUAUUGGCUCUCCGUGCUCCUGCUCCAAGCCACCCUCCAGCUGAUGAUAUGCACAAAUUCAAUGGGUGCUGGAAAGACUGGAAAUAAAAAAUCAGGAAAUUCAAUAUCAACCCUUAAACACAUAUGGACAGAAAGUAAUAAAGAAUUGUCAAUCAGCCGACUCAUUUCACAGACUUUUCGAGGAAAAGAGAACCAGACAGCCUUGAAUAUGAGAUAUGACACACCUGAACCUUAUACAGAACAGGAACUCUGGGAAUGGCUGAGGAACUCCACCGAUCUGCAAGAGCCUCGCCCCAGAGCAAAAAGGCGGCCUAUUGUCAAGACAGGAAAAUUUAAGAAAAUGUUUGGAUGGGGUGAUUUCCAUUCCAACAUCAAAACUGUGAAGCUAAAUUUAUUGAUAACAGGAAAAAUUGUAGAUCAUGGCAAUGGAACCUUCAGUGUUUACUUUAGGCACAAUUCAACUGGGCAAGGAAAUGUAUCUGUAAGCUUAGUCCCCCCAACUAAAAUUGUGGAAUUUGACUUGACACAACAAACAGUAAUUGAUGCUAAAGAUUCUAAGUCUUUUAAUUGCCGCAUUGAAUAUGAAAAAGUUGACAAAGCUACAAAGAACACACUUUGCAACUAUGAUCCUUCAAAAACAUGCUACCAGGAACAGACCCAGAGUCACGUGUCCUGGUUGUGCUCCAAACCCUUCAAAGUGAUCUGUAUUUACAUAUCAUUUUAUAGUACAGAUUAUAAACUAGUUCAAAAAGUGUGUCCUGAUUACAACUAUCACAGUGACACACCUUAUUUCCCCUCUGGUUGACAUUUACAAGUAUGCAAGACUUUACCUCUAAGAACAAGUUGUGUCUGGGCUGGAACCUUGAUGAAGAAAGUCACAUCGGUUUCCUGGAAUGUGUCUACCCUGCCAAUGAUUUCACUUGCAAAUAAAACUAAUAUUGGAAAUUAUCCAGAUGCAAUUUAGUUUCCCUGGGUCACCCCAUGUAUCAUUUGAUAGAUGUAGGCCAUUGUGGUUAUAAAGCAAAUAGCAAAUACACAUUGUAAGUGGUUGUUUGUUAAGAUCUUUCAUUCAAUUUCAUUGUCUUAUUAUACACAAUGUUUUAUGCCAGUUUUACAAGGAAGCAAAAGGACCAGCCAUGCUAAAUGGUUAACAAUGAAGAAAAGUAGGGAUAUAUAAUUUGCUGUCCUGAUUACACUCUUUUAGGUGUUUGCCUAGAGAAAAAUUUGGAGGAACUGUAAAAGUAAAUAAAAUAUCAAAGAAAAAAAACAAACAAACCUGAGAUGAUUUCCUACAGUGUGUGGUUUUGGAACAAUGUUUUUUUAGAGUCAAUAGCUACAAAUAAAAAAAGUAGGCACAUUUAAGGUUGUAUAGUGUGACAUAUAUUCAUUAAAGGAAGCCCGUCACAAAUAAAGUUGAACAUUCAUUUAAAAUUUACAUGAUAGCACACAUCAAAAAAGGUUGCUUACAUUUUUGGAUUUGGAAAUAUUAAAUAUAACCCAGGUUUCUUGAGACUUCCAAAACAUUCAGGGGCUGAUUUAUCAAAGGUUGAAUGUUAGAGUUUUUUUUUACCUCAAAUGAACUCAAAUGACCCUGAAAUUA